AUCAAGAUUCGCAUUCCACCUCUCGAAUGUUGACGAGCUCAAAAGAAAAAGGAGGAGAAUAAACACCAAUUUUCUUUAACUUAUAUCUCGUCACAUCGGGCCUCAUCGAUCACCCACAAUUCUCUGUGCACAAGUUAGGGCAUCUGUCCCCAAACUCAGAAGACCCUUAUCGUCUUAUUUAUGCGUACAUGAAGUACCAAGAUGGAGAGCAGCAAGCGAUUCUUGAAGCUGGAGCACAUGGUCCCCUCUGUAUAUAUGGAUUCCUAUUCUCUUGCUUCUUAUGUCUGUUGAUUCGUCGUCCGUAGCCUUCUUGCCGCCGGAACCGCCCGUUCCUAUUGGUCAAAGCGUUCAGUCUAAUUACCUAUUGUUUAAAUUUACGGGAACGCUCUUGGGGUGGGCUCGAUAUCAUCAUUUUUUUAGAUCCAACGGAGGAGCUAAGAGUCUUCGAAGCCGAUCCGCGGAACUGGGAGGUCGCAUUCGGAUUUUCAGCGAUUACACUGUGCCACCUUUUGGUCUAGGACUUGGCUCUCUUAUCCCCGGCGACUAGAAUAUUCCGGCACUUGAUGACGCAGGGAAGGGAGGGGGUGGAUAUUAGUGUACAGUGAGUCCCAUCCUAACAUUUCAGAACUACAUUCGAAGACUGACCUAGGCAGCUGCUAAACCUUGGACAUUGGAACCAGAGAUCACCUUGGUAUUUCAAAACAUGGACGCCAAAGAGGCUGCUUUUUCUGGAAACCCACGGCGUCCUACUGACUGUUGCAAUCCUGUCAAACAGCUUGGACCUAUCUCCCUAGAACAUGUGCUCCUUGCACUGCGUGAGUCCAAGGAGGAAAGGGAUCUUCGGACCCGUAGUCUUUUUAAUUUUUUUGAUGCUGCCAACCUUGGAUAUCUUGACUAUGCUCAGAUAGAAGCUGGAUUGUUGGCUCUACAAAUACCCGCCGAAUACAAAUAUGCUAAGGAUCUCCUGAAGGUCUGUGAUGCCAAUAGAGAUGGCAGGGUAGACUACCAUGAAUUUCGCCGCUACAUGGAUGUUAAGGAACUAGAGCUCUACCGAAUUUUUCAAGCAAUUGAUGUUGAGCACAAUGGAUGUAUUCUUCCGGAAGAGCUGUGGGAUGCUCUUGUUCAGGCUGGUAUAGAAAUUGAUGACGAGGAACUUGCACGGUUUGUGGAGCAUGUUGAUAAGGAUAAUAAUGGAAUCAUAACCUUUGAAGAGUGGAGGGACUUUCUUCUAUUUUAUCCACAUGAAGCUACCAUUGAAAACAUAUAUCAUCACUGGGAAAGGGUAUGCCUUGUAGAUAUUGGAGAACAGGCUGUAAUUCCAGAAGGCAUCAGUAAGUAUGUCCAUCCUUUCAGGUACUUUAUUGCUGGAGGUAUAGCAGGAGCUGCUUCUCGUACUGCAACAGCUCCUCUAGAUCGACUUAAAGUGGUUUUGCAAGUACAGACAACCCGAGCAUGGAUUAUGCCAGCUAUAAAGAAGAUAUGGAAGGAAGAUGGUCUCUUGGGUUUUUUCCGAGGUAAUGGGCUAAAUGUUGUGAAGGUUGCACCUGAAAGUGCCAUCAAAUUUUACACUUAUGAGAUGUUAAAGGGUAUGAUUGCGAACAGUAGAGAUGAAGAAAAGCGUGACAUUGGAACUGCCGGGAGACUUUUUUCUGGUGGUAUUGCGGGUGCAGUCGCUCAAACUGCUAUCUAUCCUUUGGAUCUCCUGAAAACUCGGCUACAGACUUUUUCUUGUGAAGGUGAAAAGGUUCCGAAGUUAGGAAAACUUACAAAAGACCUCUGGGUUCACGAGGGACCUCGGGUCUUCUACAAAGGUCUUGUACCUUCCCUUCUUGGCAUUAUCCCUUAUGCUGGCAUUGAUCUUGCUGCCUAUGAGACAUUGAAAGAUGUAUCAAAAACAUAUAUUCUACAAGACUCUGAUCCUGGACCUCUCGUGCAACUAGCCUGUGGAACAAUCUCUGGAGCUCUUGGGGCCACGUGUGUUUACCCAUUGCAAGUUAUUCGAACGAGAAUGCAAGCCCAAAGUUCAAAUAGAGGUGCUGCUUAUCAGGGAAUGACAGAUGUAUUUUGGCAGACAUUGAAGCGCGAAGGCUAUGGUGGUUUCUAUAAAGGUCUUUUGCCCAAUUUACUUAAAGUUGUGCCGGCUGCAAGCAUUACGUAUUUAGUUUACGAAAGGAUGAAAAAAUGGCUGGAACUUGAUUAGGAGGCAGUCUGUGUGUGUUAUGGUUUGGGGGAAAAAAAAGAAAAAAAGAAAAAAAAAAAUAUACUUGGCAGAUGCCAGUUUGCAGGUUGAGAAUUGGAGGUACAUUAUUUGUGGUCGGGAGGUGUGUUACCUCCAGAAUUUUUUAAACAAUGAGUAAUAAUGGCAAGUGAUUGUUGCUACGAUUGGUGUAGCUUGUAAGCUACUAAUAGUGUUAUAUAUUGGCAAACGGUUCACUAGCAACUUGAACACCAUGUAUGUAUACAUCCGACUCAAUGUUAUUGACUUACCAUCCUUUGCAA